AUGAGUGAAAAAAAGUCGGCCUCUCAUUUUUGGCAGCUUUUGGCCCUGUCCAGGAGUGAUCAACAGCUUGAUUGCGCUUUGGAUUUAAUGCGACGAUUGCCUCCGCAACAGAUCGAGAAGAAUCUCAUGGACUUGAUUGAUUUGGUUCCAUCAUUAUGUGAAGAUCUGCUGUCUUCCAUAGAUCAACCCCUGAAAAUUGCAAGAGAUAAGACCAACGGCCGCGAUUACUUACUUUGUGACUACAACCGCGAUGGUGAUUCUUAUCGUUCGCCGUGGAGCAAUCAAUACUUUCCUGAACUAGAUGACGGUGUUAUGCCAUCGGAUAAGUUGCGAAAGCUAGAAGUGGAAGCUAACAAUGCCUUUGAUCAAUAUCGGGAAUUGUAUUUCGAAGGUGGUGUCAGCUCAGUAUACAUGUGGGAUUUAGACCACGGUUUCGCUGGAGUAAUUUUAAUUAAGAAAGUUGGCGAAGGCUCUGAAACCAUUAAAGGUUGCUGGGAUUCAAUUCACGUUGUUGAGGUGCAAGAGAAAGGUAGUGGUAGAGCUGCUCACUACAAGUUAACCUCAACCGUUAUGUUAUGGCUUCGGACUGCUAAAGAGGGUUCUGGAACCAUGAACCUAGGUGGUAGUCUAACACGACAACAUGAAACAGAUCAUAUUGUUACAGAUGCAACUCCACACAUUGUUAACAUUGGCCGCAUGAUAGAAGACAUGGAAAAUAAAAUUCGUAGUACCCUGAACGAUAUCUACUUUGGCAAAACAAAGGAUAUCGUUAAUGGAGUAAGGUCAAUAUUAAAUUUAAAUUCGAGGCAACAACAAAAGAAUAUGCAGCAAGAGUUGGCAGCGUCACUCGCUUCUCGUAACUUGAAGCGUAAUUAAAUUUUGUAAAAAAUUGUCAUAGAUGUAGAAUAUGUACCUGAUUAAAAUUUUUGUUAACUUGCCAGCUGGUGAUCCACUGGUUGUUUGUCUCCACUAUAUACUAAGUAAUCUUCAUCGACAUUUAAAAACGUUUUUGGUUAAUUUUGACACUGAUUUCUAAAAUAAAAAUUUCACUUGU